AUAUAAAAUACCUUGACGUUUACCAGUAAACUACGACCAUUUAUAAUAAGUAAGCCAAGUGGUGCACCAUAUCAAUAUGUCUUAAACGACUAAAACAAGAAAGGUUCCACUUUACAACAGGAUAAGGUGGAAGUUAAAAAAAGAAAGAAAAAAACAAAUUCAUUAAUUAAUAAAAAGAGAAAUACAUAGGUAAAUACACGAAUUAAUUAAUAAACGCCUGCCUCAAAAUCAUCAGUAGCUCUUCCCAAAUAUUUUUCUCACCCUCCCACACUUUUUCUCCUCCUCCCUCUUGUCACAUGACCCGGGUGUUUGUCCUCGUGAUCAGCUCUUUUUUCUACUCUUGUUUUUGUUUCUUUUCUCGGUUUUUGACUGAGUGCAAAUCAUUUUAAUCCUGACCCUAAUGGAUUUACUGACCCACAAUCUGGACACGAACAGUCAGGAAAAGCAGGAAGAAGUGGAGGAAGAAGUGGAGGGACCUGAAGAGCAACAAGAGGACGUGUCCAUCAGCAGUUUCCAUCAGUCUGCAGCUUUUCCUGAGAACAACGUCCAGUAUCAGUUCCACAGUGAAGGUCAGGUAACGUACCACGUGGUCCAGGUGACGGAGGAGCACCUGGAGGGCAGACGUGAAGGGGGCAGAGCUGGGGGCGGAGCCGUGAGCGUGGCCUUCAGCGCAGCUCCACAGGCGGUGGCUCAGGCCGUUAUUCAGAACUCCUACAGUAAUGGAGGAAGUCCAGCAGGAGACGCUACAGGAGGUGAGACACGCUUCGCUUAUUACCCAGCCUCCAAAGCAGCGACGGCAGUGGUGAGUGAAGGAAGUGUUUCUCUGCAGACUGGGACGGGUUCAGGUUCUGGCUCUGGUUCUGAUCCAACGCUCGCACAGGCUGGAGGGCAGUUAUAUGUGAUGAUGGCACCGUCUAACGUCACUCAGACAGGAACAACACGCAGCAUCGCUCCACAGACACCGUCCUAUUCUGUAAAAAUGGACGGAACACGAGCACCAAGAGACGACAGAAGAAGAGCCCAGCAUAACGAAGUGGAAAGACGGCGUAGAGACAGAAUCAACAACUGGAUUGUCACCUUGUCCAACAUAAUCCCAGGCUGCAGCGUAGACAGUACCAAGACUGGAGCGAGUAAAGGUGGAAUCCUGUCGAAGGCGUGCGACUACAUCAGGGAGCUGCGGCAGAGUAACCAGCGCCUGCAGGAGAGUUUCAAGGAGGUGGAGAGGAUUCAGGUGGAGAAUCAGAUGUGUCAGCAGCAGAUUGAGGAGCUGAAAAGUGAGAACGUUCUGCUACGAGCUCAGCUGCAGCAGCACGGCAUCGAAGCUCACGCCACCACGACGCAACAAUGCUGAGGGGAGGAGCCUGUCAGAGACGAAGCCUCGCCACCUUUUACGUCUGAACUGUUGAAAGACUGUCACGUGCACAGCCUUCACCAGGGUUCAUGUGGAUCCCCCACCCCCGACCCUCCCCC